AUGGUGCGAAAAGGUCAUCGUGGUACGCCACGCCCUCUCCAUCUCUAUCCUUCUGCGAUGCAACAGAGAGAUGCUAUGAGUAUCAGAAUGCGAAAAGGCUUAUAUCAUAUCAGCCAAUUUGAUGCUGAGCACAACCCAACUGAUGAACAACUACAAGAGCUUGCAGAGGAUGUUUAUAAGGCACUGACUGGGGUGGGCUUUAUGUAUAUCAAGAAUCAUGGCAUACCAGCUGAUUUGUUGAAAAGAAUGGAGAGUAUUGGAAGAGAGUUUUUCAGCUUACCAAGAGAAGAGAAGGAAAAAUGUGGCUUCACAAAAGAUGGGAAAUUUGGCUACUCUGGGGUUGCAACUGAAACACAUGGUGGAUCAGCUGAUGUUAAAGAAGUGUUCGAUUAUGAAUAUUGGCUACCUUCAAGAUGGCCAAAAAGUGUAAAAUACUUUGAAGAAACCUAUACAGAAAUGUUCAGAGAAUUCACCACAUUGUUUAUGAGAGUACUCGAAGUGAUGGCAUUAUCAUUAAACUUGGAAAGAACUUUCUUCACAAAGCUUCAUAACACUUUCACCAAGAAAACAAGGACCCUGCUGAGAAUACUUAACUAUCCAAAAAUGCCAGAAGAUUUUAAAAAGUCUGAGAGUCAAAUGCGUCUAGGGGGACAUACAGAUUGGGGCACUGUCUCCUUCAUAGCACAAGACAAUGUGGGCGGCUUGCAGAUAAAGUCGCUGUCUGGAGACUGGAUUGAUGCCACGCCUAAAGAUGGUUGUCUUUUAGUUCUGAUUGGGGAUCUUAUGCAGAGAUGGACAUCAGACACGUUCCAGGCUAAUCCACACAGGUCGAUGAAGUUACCUUGUGAACCAGUCGACAUGAGAGGGGGAGAAAAGUCUAGAUUCAGUAUGGUCUACUUCGGAAAUUCUGACAGUGAUGCGAUGAUUGGAAGUAUUGGUGACUCAAAAUAUGAACCCAUAAAUGCAGGAGAAUACUAUGAGAAACUCCUGACUGAAGCAUUUGGUUAUUAAGAA